GCUUUUCCUCCUGGCUGCUUGAAGAUCAGCCGCCAUCAUGAACGACACAGUAACUAUCCGGACUAGGAAGUUCAUGACCAACCGACUGCUUCAGCGGAAACAAAUGGUCAUUGAUGUUCUUCACCCUGGAAAGGCAACAGUACCUAAAACAGAAAUUCGGGAAAAACUGGCCAAGAUGUACAAGACCACACCAGAUGUCAUCUUUGUGUUUGGAUUCAGAACCCAUUUUGGUGGUGGCAAGACCACUGGCUUCGGCAUGAUUUACGACUCCUUGGAUUACGCGAAGAAGAACGAGCCCAAACACAGGCUUGCGAGACAUGGCCUGUAUGAGAAGAAAAAGACCUCAAGAAAACAGCGAAAGGAACGCAAGAACAGAAUGAAGAAAGUCAGGGGGACUGCAAAGGCCAAUGUUGGUGCUGGCAAAAAGUGAGCUGGAGAUUGGACAACAGAAGGAGUAAAGAUUCUGCAGUGACUGUAUCUGUGGUGCUUGUGCAGAUUUUUCAUGAAAGAAUAAACUAAGACCUUUUCCAAAAAAAAAAAAAA